UUAAAAUGGAAGACGAGUGUAAAAUAGUUCAGUCAUUGCAUAACAAGUACCUUCAUUCUUUUCCUUCUAAAACACAGACUGGCCUUGUCAAGACCGGUCGGCCUCAGAAUGAACCAAUGGCAAUAGAAGAUGAGGACACCUCAGAUCCCUGAAUGAGGAGCAACAUCGGCUUUAAUACACCUGUUAAUGUGUGGUCAGAUUAUGCCAAAUAGAAAAGAAGUUAUUUUUGAAGAAAACCCUGCAUUAAUAAAAAGCAACAGAGAUUUGAAAUAACGACAGCAAUGCAUUAUUCCCUGAACAAAGUUUUGAGAGCUCAAGCCCAGCUCUUGAACAAGAUGAGCCUCGAAGUGAAGCUCACCCGUUUAUAUUUACUGAUUUCGAACCACCAAAUAAUAGGAGUUUUGACCUGUAUAACCAAUUUGAGGCUAAUAAUGAACAAGAUAUGAGUAGUUUGAGACAUGGCACCACUGAAUUCACUUCUACUCCUCAAAUAAGAGAAGCAGAGGUAAUAACUAUCAAGAAUUUCAGGAGAAAAUACUGAUGGCGGAAGCAACCUUCUCCUACUCGGAGUGCUAUGAAAAGAUAUCGAAUGCGAACAAUUUCGAAUUUUUUUGAUAAUCCUGAAUAAAACUUUCAAUC